AUGCGCCCCGUCCCGGCUCCAGGCUUUCUCCGCGCCUUCAGGUUCCUGCUGCCUCUGGCCGCCUGGGGCUUGGGGGGUCCCGCCGUCGCUUCCCCCAUCUGGAGCAACGCCGACGAACUGGUGCACCUCUACACCUCCGGCUCCAGGAGGAGCUUCCACCUGCAGAUCCAUCCCGACGGACGCGUGGAUGGCAGCCCGUCCCAGACCGUGCAUAGUGCUUUGACAAUCAAAACAGAAAGUGCAGGAUAUGCAGUGAUCAUUGGUGCGAAGAGCGGACUCCACCUUUGCAUGGACGUUAACGGAAAUCUCUUUGGAUCGAAUGCCUUCGGCAACGAGGACUGCGUCUUUAAGCACACGAUGCUGGAAAACGGCUAUGAUAUUUACCAAUCCCCCAAGUACAAUUACCUGGUUAGCCUCGGGAGGGCCAAGCAACCGCUGUUCCCCAAUAUGAAUCCUCCGGCUUUCUCUCAGUUUUUAACCAGGAGGAACGAAAUCCCCUUAAGCCAGUUCAUCACGCCAAGGCCUCAGGAGGAAGACACCAGGGACGACGAUGGUGAGAACUGUGGGGGUAUCUUGGCGGGAAAGAUCCCGGAAGAGAGCCCAGAUGAGGUGGGCAUCCACCCUUGCUUGAUCAGCUCAAAUUCUGAGGAGAGAGACCCAAACGGCGCCACAUUGAGCCGAAGAUUUCCAAGCCCCCGAACAAGUUUCUGA